AUGCCUGGUGGAAGAAACCAAGGCAGAGGCGGUCGAGGUGGCCGUGGAGGAAGAUCUGCACAGCAGACUGGUCGAGGGUCUCACGGCAAGAAGGCCGAAAGACCGAAGCAAUACCAUCCUCACAAUCCUGACUUUACUCAUGGGCAGGUGACGAUAUACUUGCUUGAGGCUAUUGCACUCAAGAGCUUGGACUACGCUCAAGAUAUGAUCUGGAGUGUGAGAAAUAUGGCCCAUGUGGACUUUGAGGCUCUACGAGGUACUCAGACGGUCUACAAGCCAGGAAAGAACGAUUCCGAGUUCCACAAAAGUUCGAGACAGACUCAACUUGAUAGGAACUGGGAACAUCUAAAUAACAAGAUUGACAAGAGAGAGGUGAUCUACAGCACGAACCAAUACACCGUGGCUGCAAUCAUCACUAAGCACUUCAUCACUCAAGCAAUGAGAGAUAAGUUAAGCAAUGAAACUGAUUGGUUGGACCUCAAGGAAGACCAUGUGAUGUUAUUGAAGCGUAUGAAGACGUUCAUGACCAUCACGGAUGAGACCGAGUGGCAACACUUUGGACUCAUGGAAUCUCUCAAGAGAUUCGCGAACUGCACUCAGAAGCAAAAUGAGUCUGUGAACGAUUACAGAAGGCGGUUCGAAGCUCAAGCUGACCAAGUAUUCGAAAUCCUUGGCACCGAUGUGUUGCAUGUCUAUGCGACCAAAACAAUGGGGUACCUGGAUCUGUACGAUCCGGAGGACGAUCCGGACGAUACCAAGGCCCUGCAAGAAACGUUCAAGAAAGAAGUUCUUGAAACAUUUAAAGCAAGUGCAUUUUUCUACAACUGCGACAGGACUCGCUUCCAGAGCAUGUUGGACAAGGCGAACCAGACCUACGCCAUGGAAUUCAAGGAAUACGAUCAAAGAAACGAAUACCCGACUACGAUUGACCAGGUCGCAAAAGCGCUGAUCAAACAUAAGCCGGACAAUCGAGGAAAAGGUCCAACGACACCGAAACAUACUCCAAGAACAAACACAGCAAGCGGUAUUGCUGGUGUUGCGGAGAUACUGGCCAUGGGGUCACCCGUUGUCCCAAACGCUCCACGCGCCCACAAGCGGAAUGGAACGACCCAGGACGAUACAGCGACACACCCACUACUACUACUACUACUACUUCAAGACGAUAGUGUCCCUGACGGAGUGAGCAACGCACAAGCGAAUGCUCGAACAACUGCUCGCACAACAUUUUCACGACCGGCUUUUAGUUGCUGGUGUUGCGGAGAUACUGGCCAUGGGGUCACCCGUUGUCCCGAACGCUCCACGCGCCCACAAGCGGAAUGGAACGACCCAGGACGAUACAGCGACACACCCACUACUACUACUACUACUACUACUACUACUUCAAGACGAGCGGGGAGAGCCAAUCUCCAAGUCCCUGCGACUGCAUCUGCGGCGCAGUCGGAUGCCGCGUCUAGCGUCACGGGAACGCAAGCAACUGGUCAACAACAUCGAAGCAAUAUGCAACGAGCUGUUGUUGACAGGAGUGGAAAUGGCACUUCUGGUGCUACUGAUGUACCCGGCUCUUAUGUG